UACUAUGAAAAGACAAUCCACAAAAGGUAUAAAGAAACCGCUUUCGUCUAUUUCUAUAAAGGAUAACUCAUCUACUGCGGUGCUUCCCUAUUCAGAAGCUGGCAAGUUUAUUCCAUCAAAGGGAAUCCUAUGUGUUGGCUGUCGAGGACGUGGAUAUCUGCAAUGUCCGCACUGCAAAGGAAGUGGUAUUGGACCAUACCACUUUGGUUUCUUCGUAAUUCCAAAGUUUUGUGGUCUUUGUGGAGUAAUGGGUUCUCUGUUAUGUCCUGGUUGCGAUGGUACUGGCUAUUACGUUAUGAGGACACCUGAUGCAAGCUUCCUUCGAGAUUUGCUUUUGAAAUUAGGCUUACUUGAUGAAGAGAAAGAACGUUUAAAGUUUCUUCCAACUUUGGAUAAUUUGAAAAGGUUAGGACUAAGAUAGGAAAAACGAGGAAGAAGAAUAGAGCGCCAUAACUUGCUUAGUUUAUUUAUGAGGACAAACCGUACAAGUCCAUCUUUCUUUCCUCUCAUAUUUUUUUGGGAGUUUAUACUGCUUUGUAUGAAAGGAAACUCUGUUGUUGUGCCCGAUAAGUUUUUUGGGUGGAUGGUGGCUACUUGAUGAAGCAAAUGUGAAAAAUUUUGCAAAGUAAAGUUGUUUUCUAGUUA